AUGUCUGCUUCCGAAGGUGAGAAGAAGGUUGCGGAAGAGAACGAAGUUCCGAAAGGUGGAGAGCUUUUGUUCUGUGGUGCCACGUGUUGGGAUAGUGUUGGUCGUCGGAAAGGUCCUGUUGAGGGUAACUUGGUUUCUCCGUCACGGUUACGGCCUCUCGUUGGGAUUGAUAUUCGUUACAUUGCUUCUGGUUGCGUGUCUUGUCAUUGUUUGGCUUUGGAUGUUGAAGGGCGUUGUUAUACAUGGGGACGUAAUGAGAAAGGGCAACUGGGUCAUGGAGAUAUCAUUCAGCGUGAUAGGCCAACCUUGGUGUCUGGGCUUUCAAAAUACAAAAUUGUUCAAGCUGGAGCUGGGAAGAGCCACACAGUGGUUGUUACAGCUGAUGGAAAUUCCCUAGCAUUUGGAUGGAACAAACAUGGACAGCUAGGUUCGGGUUCUACUAAAAAUGAAAUUGAAUCAUCUCCCAUUCGCUGUGUCAUUUCUGAAGUUAAAUAUGCUACAUGCGGUGCUGACUUUUCUGUCUGGUUAUCUUCAGUUGAAGGAGCUUCUAUACUGACUGCUGGGCUUCCACAGUAUGGGCAGCUUGGGCAUGGGACAGAUAAUGAGUAUAAUUCCAAAGACAGCUCUGUGAAAUUAAUUUAUGAACCACAGCCACGACCUCGAGCCAUAGCUUCCCUUGCUGGUGAAACUAUUGUCAAGGUGGCAUGUGGAUCAAAUCACACAGUGGCGGUGGAUAAGAAUGGCUUUGUCUACACGUGGGGUUAUGGUGGUUACGGAAGGCUAGGACAUAGGGAGCAGAAGGAUGAAUUUGUUCCACGUCGUAUAGACAUUUUCACGAAUCGAAAUGUUUUACCUCCUGAUGCAAUUAUUUCAGCAGGUUCCACGAAUUCUGCUUGUACUGCAGUUGGAGGGCAGUUGUACAUGUGGGGCAAACUAAAGAACACCGGUGAUGACUGGAUGUACCCGAAACCUCUAAUGGACUUAAGUGGUUGGAAUAUACGAUGCAUGGAUUCAGGGGGUAUGCACCAUUUUGUUGGGGCUGAUUCCUCAUGCAUAAGUUGGGGUCAAGCUCAGAAUGGAGAGCUGGGAUAUGGACCCACUGGACAGAAGUCUUCUGCUGUACCUAAAAAGGUAGAUUUACUUGAGGGUAUGCAUGUAAUGAGUGUUGCUUGUGGUUUGGGUCAUUCCAUGAUUGUGGUUGACAGAGCAAAUGUUGCUGAAAGACUUGACCAGCUUGACACACAUGACGGCAAAGCUGUUGGUGAAGGUAAUGCGCCUGUGAACAAAACUCCAGUCCCUAAGAAGGCUGCUCCUGCUAAAAAAGGUGCAAAGAAAGCUGAUAACUCGAAGAAGAGGAAAAAGGCAAAAGAUUCAUCUGACUCGGAAGAAGAGCAAGAACAGGCUGAAGAAAGUGACAAUAGUGAUGAUGAAGUUAAUGGUGAGGCUGAGGUUAAGAAGUCACGAGGUGGAAAAAGUUCUGGCAAGGGCCGAGGUAAGGCAACAAAAACGCCUGCAAAUAAAAGCAGUUCUAAAUCUUCCCCGGUGAAGUCAGCUGGUAAGAGAGGAAGACCCAAAAAGGCAUGA